AACAUCAAGCAGCCACCUUUCAAGUUUAGGUAUCCUUCCUCUUUAGAAUUCAUAUACCUCCCUUCAAUGCAUCAACCAUAUACAAAACCCAAGACAUUAUAAUUUGGUUUUGAUUCAUCUCUUUUGAUCCUUCCUUGCUCAACUAGCCUGUCUCUUUUUAAAGAAACCAAUAGACGAGCUACUUUUUCUUCUGCUUUCUUUGUCAAUGCUCAAUACUGUUACAGUAUCUCGGCUAUAAAAUAUCAGUUUGGAGGUUCAUUUAUUGGAAGUUUUUAUUUCUUUUCUUUUUCUUUUUCUUUUUCAAUCAAUUCCUCUGCCUCAAUUUUAAAAAUCCCCAUCUGGGUUUUGCUUCUUCCAUUCUCAAGUCUUUUGUCCUGGGUGGGAAGAUCAAAUUUUCAUCUCUCUUUUCAAGAUUCUUUUGGAUUCGUUAAAGGUGGGUCUUUAUUAGAUUCUAAGUUUUAUGCUGCUAAGAAAAAGAAAAAGAGAUUCCUGAUUCCGUGUAAAUGAUUCUAAAUUGAAAGCCUUUCAGACUACCAUAAAAACCUCACUCUUUGCACAUACUCUCUGUCUUCCUGUUCUAUACUGUCCUCUCAAUUCAAUAUGAACUCGUAAGCAAACAUUGCACGUAAGUAUUUACAGUCAUGGAAACUAUACAUCCAUCUUUUUAUUGGUUUAGCCAAAGCACAGAGUGGACUAAAGAGGAGAACAAGGAAUUUGAGAGGGCUUUGGCAAUAUAUGAUGAGCAUGAGCCUGAUCGAUGGACAAAAGUGGCAGCUAUGAUCCCAGGAAAGACAGUAUACGAUGUGAUCAAGCAGUAUAGGGAGCUGGAAGAGGAUGUUAGUGACAUAGAAGCUGGGAAGAUACCUAUUCCCGGUUACGUUAGUUCACCCAUUGCAUUGGAUUGGGUUGAAGAUCGCAAUUUUGAUGCAUAUAGAAAGAGGCCUUUGCCUACCAAAAAUGGUGACCAGGAGAGGAAGAAAGGUGUGCCAUGGACGGAGGAUGAGCACAGGCUGUUCCUUUUGGGGCUUUUAAAGCAUGGAAAAGGGGAUUGGAGGAAUAUUUCCAGGAAUUUCGUAGUUUCCAAGACUCCAACUCAAGUAGCAAGCCAUGCACAGAAGUACUUUAUAAGGCAGCAGCUUUCUGGGGUGAAAGACAAGAGAAGACCAAGCAUACAUGACAUCACAACAGUCAAUCUCACUACUACUCCAUCAGAGGGUAAUAAACUUCCCUCGCUAGACCAUUCCAAUGCUCUUUUAUCACAAAACGCCACUAGUAUGCAGAAAAUGUUAAUUGAUUGGAACGACUCAAAGAACGGAUCAAUUAUGGUAUUUGAUUCUAGUCAGGGCAACUUGCUUGUGUCAUCUCCUAGUGGGAUUGCUUCCAAUGGCUUUAAACUUCAGGAGCAAAAUCUUUAUGCUGGUGCCCAUAUCAUCCCACAUAACUUGGUUUUCCAGAGACAUCAAAUUCCUGGAUAAGAGGCUAUCCUUGAGUUGAAAGGAAUCUGAAAUGGCAGUGCUUUUGCUUUAGUUCUGUAUGGUUUUGUUAAUGGGUAGCCUGUGGUAGUCAUUGUUUCUGAAAAUAGCAGAGAUUUUAAAUCAUAUGAUGUCUCAAAUUUCAAAGCCCAGAUGAUGAAAUUAAAAUGUAAGACUGUUGAAUGAGCAAGAAAAUCCCAGUUUAGUAGGUUUCUUGGACAAAGGUGAAAGCUUACCAUUUAUUAUAAAUCUGCAUCAAGAAACUCCUCUGUUUUUACAAA